GGAUGCUGGGGACAGGCUGGGGCUGCCUCUGCCUGUGCCUGGGGUCAUUUGGGGAGUGGGAGCUGAGGUUUGCUUCCCAGCCUGAUCCAGGUUUCCUCAAAAGUCGGUGCCUUUCUUGCCCUUUAGCUCAAGUCUCUGUAAUCCGGGGCUUCACCUGCCUCAUGCUCCCUUGUGAGAGGAGGACCUAGCUGUCCUUCCUCUCCAUUCCUAUGGACCCGGAGUGCCGGGACCCGGGAUCCGGGGCUGGCUCCCCAGUUCUCCCGCAGUGACCCCCAGCAGCCCCAGCUCCUGGGUUGGGACCCUCUCUCAGCUCCGUGCGGCCCCUCCAUCCCUCCCUGCACAGGAGCUCCCUUCCUAAACCCCCUCCAGCCUCUCGGUGUCGGCUUUUCAGAUGGGAAUUCUGCGUGCGAUCAGGGAGGGAAGCGUGAGGAACGUCGGAAGGGGAGCGCGUUGGUGGCCGGGUCACGGGGAGCCGCCCUUAUCUCUGCGCCAUCGCGGGUGACACGUGGGGACACAACGGGACCAGCGGCGCGAAGUGCCGGUGGCAGAGAGGGACCCAAGGCCAUUCUCCCGGGGCCGAUAAGGACACUGCCUGGGUUUGGCCCAUCCCUGCAAGGAGGGGCAGCUCCGCCUGCAGUGAGCCCCGCUCCUGGGAUUCACCCGCCUGUGCAUGAGAUGGAGAGAAAGGGGACCCUUGUGGUUUUUAUAAUGGAAUCAUGGAAUGGUUUGGGCUGAAAGGACCUUAAAGCCCAUCCCAUUCCACCCCUGCCAUGGCAGGGACACCUCCCACUGUCCCAGGCUGCUCCAAACCCCAGUGUCCAGCCUGGCCUUGGGCACUGCCAGGGAUCCAGGGGCAGCCAGAGCUGCUCUGGGCACCCUCACCACCCUCACUACAAACUUCCUCCUUUCCCCGUGUGGUCCUGCAGGGCUGGUGACACAUCCCCCUAUCCCUGGCACCCCCUGGGAGCCCUGGUGAGAGUUCCAGCAGCAGCAUAGCUUCCCUGGAAAACAAAACCCUGCAAGGCCUGAGCUGUUCCUGUGCUUGCUCUCCCAAGGGCUCACAAGCUCUGCUCUCUGGUAUGCUCAGCCCCCCCAGCUGAUGGUUUGGUCCCUGGUGUGGGGUGGCAGCUGUGACACCAAACCUCUGUUGUGGCUCCUGCUCUGAGUAGUCACAGGUCCCAUGUGAAGGCCUUGGAGUGGCAGGAAUGCCAUGGGAACAGGCAUUGCCCUGCCCUGGCAGCACUGCAGCUGCUCUCCCUUUGGCCAGGGGGUAGAGCAGCCUUGGCCCCUGCCCCCACUCACUUCCUUCUCCUGCUCCUGUGGUCCCCUGGAGCUGCUGGGAUGUUCCCAAGGUGGUGACAGCAGCAUCCCUGCCUGUGUGGGAUCCUGCCUGGGAUACACAGGAAAGUGGGGAAUCUGAUGUGGGAUGAGUGAACACAGUGGGAGGAUCCAGGCUCUUCCGUGGGGAGGGGCUGGGGACAGUCAGGGCUGGAUUAUCUGGAGCAGAAUGGCUUUUUUUUUCUUUUUUUUUUUAUUCUUUUCCCAGAAAGGUAAUUUUUAUUCCCUUUAUCUCUGGAUCUUUACACUCCUUCCUUUCCAGAAGUGAAACCCAAACACAGUUGCCUGGUGUCUCCAUAGAACCCUGUGCCCUCCUACCGGUGUGUGCUUUUCCAACUGUUGCUUUUCUUUUCCUUUAGGGUUUGUCCCUUUUAUUUUUGAUCCUUCCCUUUUAUUUUUGGUCCUUCACUUUUUCUCCCUGGGAAUGAAAAGUGUGAGCAAACAGGAAUCUCCUCUCAAAUUUAGUUUUGAUACAAAUUUGACCCAUUCAUGGGAAAAUGGCAUUUUCUCAUUGAAAAGUCCCCAUGUCUGUAAAAAAAUGGAAUGUCCCCCUUGUUUCAGUGCAGGGGACUCAGUUUGGGGACAGUGGCCCAGCCGGGGGUUGUUCCAGGCCUCGGGGUUGGGGACUGACCCCUCCACGCUGGUGGUGUUGAGCUGGCUGGGCCCUGUGGCUGAUGAGGCUCCUGGAAGGGCUCAGGGAUUGGGAUUGGGAUUGAAUCCUGGAGUGUUGGAACUUCCUGGGCUCUCUGUGGGAGCAGGGCUGGUGCCAGAGUUUGGAGUUGGGGAUCAAAUCCUGGGUGUGGGAUCUUUGUGAGCUCCGUGUGGAAGCACAGCUGGUGCCAGAGUUUGGGGUUGGGAUCCUCCUGAGCUCCGUGUGGGAGCAUGGCUGGUGACAGAGCUCCUGCCUACCUGCUAGGGGUUGGGAUUGGGAUUGAAUCCUGGGGUGUGGGAUCAUCCUGAGCUCUCUGUCAGAGCACGGCUGGGGACAGAGCUUGGGGUUGAGCUUUGAGUACUGGGGUGCUGGAGGUUCCCAAGCACAUUGUGGGGUCACGGCUGGUCACAGAGCUCCCAGCCACCUGCUCAGGGUUGGGGUUGGGAUUGAAUCCCGGAGUUUGGGACCUUCCUGAGCUCCCUGUCGGAGCACGGCUGGUGACAGAGCUCCCGGGUUGUGUCUGGGGUGCUGCAGCUCCCCGGGCUCCCUGCCGGGGCUCCUCUCGCCCUUUUAUGAGCGGUGUCCCGGCGGGGCCGGCGCCGGGAGCCUGAUUGGCUCCGCAUCACCGCGCCGCUUCCCGGGGCCGCUUCCUCCUCCCGCGGCCAGGUAGAGCCUUCCCGCGGCCAGGUAGAGACUUCCCGACCGCCGCCGGCCUCCCACCAGCGCAGCUCGCUCCGGCUCGCCUCAGGGUUUUUUUUCCCCUUCCCCUCCCUUGUUUCUCCCCCUUUUCCCCUGUUUCCCGGGCCUGUUUCCCUGUCCCCGCGCGGGGCGCGGGGGGAUGAGCAGCGGGCUGGUGGACGCCGCGGUGUUGGCACCGCUCAAACCCGUCAGCAUGUCCGGGGAGCCCAGCGAGGACAGCCCGGUCUUCGAGGACAUCAAAGCCCCCUCGCGGCCCCUGGAGACCCCUCCCGAGCUGGCGCAGCUGCACCCCAUGAGGAUGGACCAGCGGAUGCCACCACUCAUCCUGGAGGCACGCUCGGAGAUGGACAAGUACCUGUCCAGCGAGGUGCCGCCCAUGCCCGUGCUCCCGGACAAGAAGUACCGCCGGGAGAGCGCCUCGGUGGUGGAUGAGUUCUUCUCCACGGAGAAGCCCAGCUCGGCACCCUACAGUGUCAACAUCAAUGUCAUCCUGCCCGACACCACCCACCUGCGCACGGGGCUCUACCGGCCCCCCAAGCCCGUGGCCCCCUUCCCGCAGAUCAAAUCCGAGCCCGGCGCCGGCUUCUCCCAGCCCUGCUCGUCCUCCUCCGGCCCCACACAGACCCUGCCCGACUUCACCAGCGUGUUCAGCAUGCCCCAGUCGGUGGCGGUCAACAACAUCUUCAUCAAGCAGGAGAUGCCCCCAGAGAUCCCGCUGUCCGCCCACCUGCAGCAACCCCAGCUCUUCCAGCUGCCCCUGGGCGCUGCCGGCGCCGACAUUCCCACCCUGGCAUCCUCCUCCAGCAGCACCACGGCCAUCAGCUGCCUCAGCGGGGUCACCAUGUCCACGGGCUCUGUGGCCAGCGUGGCACGCAGACCCGUGCAGCCAGCAGGGCCCCUCAAGCAGUACCCACAGGUGGCCCAGGGACAGGGGAGCUUCGGGAACAUCUCCGGGCAGUUCUACCCCGCCCCGGGGGUGACUCUGCCCCCCUCGCCCCCCAACUCGCAGCCCGGCAGCCCUGAGAACCAGCCCGAGCUCAUCAACACCAUCUCUCCCCCGCCCUCCUACGAAGCCACGUUUGGACUGAAGCUGGUGCAGUCGGCCCAGAUGCCCCCAGGGCCCAACGGCAUCGGGGGCCUCUCCCAGGGCCACGUUGUGAUGCAGCCCCCCAAAUACAACCGGCGCAACAACCCCGAGCUGGAGAAGAGGAGGAUCCACCACUGUGACUACCCAGGUUGCUCAAAGGUUUACACCAAGAGCUCCCACCUGAAGGCACAUCAGAGGACUCACACAGGUGAGAAGCCCUACAAGUGCACGUGGGAAGGCUGCGACUGGCGCUUCGCCCGCUCGGACGAGCUGACGCGGCACUACCGCAAGCACACGGGGGCCAAGCCCUUCAAGUGCUUGGCGUGCGGCCGCUGCUUCUCCCGCUCCGACCACCUGGCCCUGCACAUGAAGAGGCACCAGAAUUAGGAGCUGCCUCCCUUCCCGCUUCUCCAAGAGCAGCUCAAACUCUUCCCUUCUCCCAGGGAAGGACCUGUACAUAGGAACGACCCCGUGCCGCCAUUGUUGAGGCGGCAGGAGAGCCCUGCCAGCCCGGCCCUGACGCUGUCUGGUUUUACCAGAGACUGGAACCCCCCAGCCCACCUCAAACCAGCCCUGACUGCAGACUGAGCUCCUGACGAGGCUCCUGGUGGCACUGGGGUGCUGGAGCCUGGAUGCCCAAGGGCUUUCUUCUGCCAAUCCUGCUAUUUAUUCAUCACUCAGGAGCGACUUGGUGUCUCAAGACCCUCUGGGAUGGGUUUUGCCCCUUUGGUGAGGCCCAGGAGGAUGUGACAGCUUGGCUGUGACAGCUCUCACUUGGACUCUCUAGGACAGUCCCAUGGCAUAGCCAUGGAUGUGACACUGUGUGAGCAUAGACGUGGCACCUUGUCCCAUGGUGUGACCAUGGGUGUGGCACUGGUGCCAUGCUGUGGUCAUGGAUGUGGCACCUGUCCCAUGGCAUGGCCGUGGAUGUGACACUGUUUCCCAUGGUGUGACCAUGGAUGUGACACUGUCCCACAUGGUGUGACCAUGGAUAUGACACUGUCCCAUGGCAUGGCUGUGGAUGUGACACUGUCCCCUAUGGUGUAACCAUGGAUGUAACACUGGUGCUGUGGUGUGAGUGUGGAUAUGGCACCAGUGCCAGGGUGUGACCAUGGAUAUGACCCUGUCCCCCAUGGUGUGACCAUGGAUGUGGCACUGGUUCCGGGGUGUGACCAUAGAUGUGACCCUGUCCCCCAUGGUGUGACCGUGGAUGUGACACCAGUGCCAUGCCAGAACAUGAGCCGUGCCCAGGGCUGUUGGUGGUGACAAUCCCAGUUUCUGUGGGGGGCACAGAAGAACAGACCUGUGACAAACUCACCCUUCAAAAAAGGGGCAGCACAAAACCAGGUGACAAAAGCGUCACCUCUGAGCCCAUUCCUGGCAGCCAGCUUGGGACUGUGAGCACCUGCCCUGCCUGGCCAGGUUUUUAUGGUUGUGUCCUUAGCAUUUCUGCUUCCAAGAGGAAUUUAAACUUUGGGUGUCUCUGGGAGGACCAGUGUGGGUUUGAAGCCACCCGGGGGACAGCAGAAGAGCCACUGCUGAAGGUCUGGUGUCCCAGAAUCCACCAGUGGUCCCUUCUCCAGAAUCCCACAAGGACUUGGUGGCUGCUCAUCCCACCAGGCCUGUGCUGUGUCCAUUCCAGCAGAUGGGGAAAAAAAACCCAGGAAAAAAAGCAUCUUGGAAACAAAUUCCAAUAAAUCCUGCUGUUCAGAGUGGAAUCACAUGACUACCUCACAGGUUCACCUCCUCUGGCUCCCUAAGCUCCUUCCCCCAUCCCGUGGGAUGCACAUCCCUGUUCUCCAAAGCCUUCCAGGGGUUAAAUUUGGGCACAACAAGAGCCAGUUUCAAGACCAGUUAUGAGCAUUGUAAAUUAAUCAGGACCAAAUAAUGGGUCUGCUGUGUCCAGCAGAACACUGAUUUGUUCCCCACCCUCCUCCUUCUCUUGUUUCUCCAUGGAUAAAUUUGGGUGACACGGAUUAAUGUGUGGGAUGGGGGGCCAGGCUGGACCAUGGCAUGGCCAGUUGGAAUUUGGAGGCCACUCCUCUCUGCUGCUGCCAGAGCCACUGCUGGGUUCCUGCUUGGCCUUUUCCUUGGAUAAACAGAACCAAUCCCAUGGAUCUGUUUGACAGCAGAGGAGGGCAGGAAGGAUUUGGGGUCCGUGGAGUGCUUUGGGACAGACGCUGGUCCAGCUCUGUGGUGACCCUUCCCUGUGGCUCCUCAGCCGGGAGCCUCCCAUGCCUCCAGGGUGGGUGGGAAAGGCCAUGGAAUUGCUGGAUGGCUUUCCCAACAGUGGGAACAGUUUUGCACCCCUCAGCACCAACCUCCAUGCUCCAGGAUGGUUUUUUGGGACAUCUCUUGUGGUUGGACCUCCCCAGGGCAGGAGCCAAACUCCAAGGCACAGGUCCCCAUCAGCCCCACCUGUGACCCUCUCAGAGGGGUCUCUUCACCCCCCUCUGCCUUUGGAGAAGGAAACCUCCUCUUCCCAUCCCUAAUUCCCCUCCUUCCCCACCCUGUGAUGCUGAUGGAGCCCAAAACCAGUUUGCUAAAACCCAGUACAAAGCCAAACCCACCAACAGGCAGCUUAAAAUCCGAGGGGAUUUGGACAUAAUUUUCCUGCUAAUCUUGGGAAUCUUUUUCCCUACAGCCUCUGUUUGUCCUCCCCUGGACUCUGUGUGUGUAAAUAUAUAAAUAUAUAUAUAUAUUAUUUUUUCUAUCUGAGAGGGGCAGAAGUGUUUUAGCACCCACGCACUGCUCUGUAUGCAAACUCCUCACAUGCAAACGCUUCUCUAUGCAACAAUUUUUUGUUUUUAAAAAUGAAAACCACAGCAAAUCCUCACCUUUUGUUCCUUUAUUUUUCUAUGGACAGAGCGGACAGCUCUGGGUUUGUAUUAGUGGCUAAGGGCAGCUGGUUUUGGGGAGAAAGCUGGGGAAAGGGGAAUGGUGGAGCCACACUCAUGACAAAUGAAGGUCCCUCCAUCCCCAGUCCCCUGGGACUUUUUGGAAAUGCCCACCACUUUGCAAGGAGAGGAUCAAACGCUGGAAUGUGGCUGCCUCAUCUCUGUUUGGUAACAGGGAGAAAAUCGCUGUAAAUAAGCCAAAAGUGCUGUGUGACUUCAUGGGUUCUCCCAGGUGAUCCUUUAUUAUCCAAGAUGAACACAAUGGGGAAGAAAUUGGGACCUAGAAAAUGUGGGCAGGGGGGAAAGAUUUCUUUUCCUGGGGUGCUGUGUUGGUUACAGAUCCCCUCUCCCCCACUGAACUCCCCCAGAAAUAUUGAUCCAUCUCCUAUUUUGUAAUAAAAUUUUAUUACCUGCA